UAAGAAUAUAAAAUUUAAUCAGAUAUAUUCGUACAAAUAUAAAUCACAUUUUUAUAAAUGAUAGUUAAAUAAAACCGAUGUAAAUCACUAUUUUUUAAAUUGACGUUAAUAUUAAGUGAUUGAUAAUCGAGAGAGAUCGGUAUUUUAAUUAGAAAAAAAAUUUUGAUUUUUUACGUGCACAUGUUGUUUCAUUAACAGGAAGAUAGCGUGUCCUUAUGUUUAUUGCGUUGAGCAAUAAUCUGUUAUACUGUAUAAAAUACUUCGUACGACGUCACAAUGAUCUUGUGCACUGUUUUCCACCUACAUAUUACAUGUAGAUAAAACGUGCGUGUUUAGCUUUCAAGCGUGUAUAUUUGAAAGUGCAGUAUAUUUGCGUGUAUGUGUAGAAAAUUUGUCUGCUCGCUUAUCUGCUUGACAGAUUGACCGACCGGCCAACUGACUUGACUGACUGAUCGAUCGAAUAAAUAAAUUGAAUGAACGAAUGAAUGAGUAAUGAAUGACCCGAACGAAUGAAUGAGUCGGCCUAAUAUUCACGCUAUCACUCAGAGAAUACUUUUUAUAUUAAUGUGCCGAUAUCCUUAUCCGCACUCAUCUUUUCAAAACCUUGUUCGAGUGUACCUAACAACACUAAUUCCGUAGUCCAGUCCCCACAACUUCCACCAUCACAAAAGUUUGCUUUGUAAAACGUGUUCUUAAUAAAAGAAGAGAAAGGAAAAAAAAUACAACAAGUUAUUUUAAUACAUUUUGGAUAUACAUUCUUUAAGUGAUUGUUGUUAAGUCUCAAGGGUUUUGAGUAAACUAAAAAAUGAAAGAAAACAUAAACAGUUGUAAUAGAAACCUGAACAAGAUUAAAAGAACAUGUUCGGGACGUUUUAGCGAUCAAGGUGGGUUGUUUGAUGUUGUUGUACGGCCAAUGUUGCAACAAGGACACGAAGGAGAAUUAUGCUCUUGGUUGAAAGAAAUGAGCUUAAUUCGCACGGCCUCUAAUUGUCCUCAUGUAAAUUGUACGGGGCGCAGUUUGAUAUGGAGCCCUGCAAGAAUCGUAGACAAGUACAUUUGGUCUUGUCCCGAGUGUGCGAGAAAGCAAUCUAUAAGAGAAAAUUCUAUUUUUUUUGGAAUAAAAUGUGAUCUGAAAAUGUGCCUUCAACUGAUAUUAGGAUGGUGUCAAAAGAUUCCCUAUGAAGUUGCUGCUUCUUAUUUAGAUAUAAAGAAACAUGUUGUUAGAAAGACAUACGAACGGUGUGACGAAGUUUCCGCAAUCUAUGUAAAAAAUCAUCCAGAGGAUUGGGUAUUAGGCGGUGAAGGUGCAAUACUAAUUGUGGACGAAUUUCCUGGUGGUCAUAUGACAGAGUAUCAUCUGGAUGUAAACUCUACCAAAAAGCGCAAUAACAACUCUCACACUAUAAUAUGUAUUGCAGAAGCAAAUGCCAUACCACCUCGUAUAUGGUUACACUUGAUUGAAGCUGUGCCAGAACCACAAAAAGCUGACAAAUUGCAAUUAGGAGUCAGUAAACAUAACAUGAUAGAAGAAGCUCUGCAGCAAAUUUCCUCUAAGGCACUAUCAGGAAGUUGUAUAGUAGCAAAUGAUCGUGCUUCUUGCUGCAGUUACAAAUCUUUACAAAGUCUAAAGCAAUAUAAAGUUAUCAGUGUUGAUCAAUUACAGAAAUUUGAUCCGCCUGGUGAAAGUAAACUUCUUUAUAACCUUGAAACAAUUUGGCAAAAUGCUGUUGAAGUCUGCGAGGAGGUUCAGGAAGCUACACAUGCUUCAGGUCAACAUAUUAUUGCUAGGCAUUUAUGGAGACAAAAAUUUGGCACAUCUCCGUCCACAGCGUUUCAGGACAUGCUGAAUCACAUUGUAGAAUAUUAUCGAUUUUCUUAAAAACCGGUAUACAGAGAAAUAACUUUGAAAUGUCUUUUGCCUUACAAUUUCUCUUAUAUAUGAUGCAAUAAUUUUCAAAAUAAUGCUCAAUUUUCAUGAGCAUAUAUACGCAAGAUAUUUACUGAGAAACUAAAUUUAUAUAUGAUAUAUAAAAAAUUUAUAAAAAUUAUAUAUACACAUAUAUCAUAUAUUACAAAUUCCACAAAUUGCCUUAUUAGAAUAUUCAUAAAUUAGAAUAUUCAUUUAAUUGUAUACAAAACUUAUUUUUAUAUAUAUAUAGAACAGGUAGUAAGUGUAAAUGGCUAUAUGUACUGUCUUCCAAAUAUUAUUAAGUUAUAUAUAAAGUUAAGAACUGUUGAUAAAAAUAAGGAUGUAAUGGAAAGAUAGAAUCGAUAUCUCUACAAGACUGAAGUAUUGGUACCACCAGUACACAUAUUAAUGCUAUCAAUACAUUUUACAAAUAAUUUUUCGAGCCCAAUAAUUUUUAAAGCAAUAUUAGACUAUGACAUUGAAAGGCACUGUAUUCUUAUAGUAUGUGACCUUUGAUUUGAAAAGAUAUUACAUGUUAUAAUUCUAGUUAAAAACUUUCUUUUUUUAUAUAUUGUAGUUUUCUUAUUAUCUUGCGUUUAAUGUUCUCAAGUAUUUAAAAGGAAAUACGCACAUAUAUAAAAUUGACUAAUUCUUCAUGUUUACAUUGUUUUUAUAUAGUAUAUAUAUAUAUAUAUAUUUCUUUAUAUAACGUUACAUAUAACUUUCCUUUAACUUUUUGUUGGAUAUAUAAACUUUUUGUAAGUAUAUAAAAAAAAAAUCUUCACACAAUUGUGGACGACUUACAAAAAAAUUGAUACAAUUUUUAACUUACAUCACACAACUAUGUUACAUAUAUAUAAAAUAUAUACGAUCUAAUGUGUCUAUUAACACGUUAAGCGCGCAGCCGAUUUUGCAGUGCUUUCCGUUCAGGCGGCGAUCACUCGACGAGAAUAGUUUUUUUGGUUUAAUAAACUUCAUUAAAAUUA